AAUGCUUGCCUGUUGGUUGUUUGUACAGUUUUUAAGAAAUAUUACUACUAUGGGCGCACAGGAGACAGUUACUUGGAAAAAGCACGAAUUGAUGCUAUUCCAAACUUCGGCAUCAAUACCACCUUCUUGAUGAAUUCAUCAGUGAGCAGAUCCAUGUCCUUAGAGAAUCAAACAGGCACUCAUGAUGUGCAUUAUGGACGUGAAACUGCUGUCCUUAGUCUCAUGUUGAUGUUGGGUACCCUUUGGCUUGGUUAUACGCUCUAUCAGUUUAAGAAAAGCCCGUAUUUGCAUGCCAGAGUCCGUGAAAUUCUGUCUGACUGUGCCUUACCAAUUUCAGUUCUGACUUUCUCUAUUGUGGGCUCCUAUAUCUUCAAGGAAAUAGAAAUGUCCAAAUUUAACUACAACCCAUCCGAGAGCUUGUUUGUGCUGGCCCCAGUCCGGUCUCUCUCCAUUGGGUCGGUGAUGAGUGCCAUGGGGCUGGGAUUCCUCCUCUCGAUGCUGUUCUUCAUAGAGCAGAACAUUGUGGCCUCGCUCACAAAUGCCCCGGAGAACAGGUUGGUGAAGGGAACAGCCUACCACUGGGACCUCCUGCUUGUUGCACUGAUCAACACAGGGCUGUCCAUCUUCGGCCUGCCGUGGAUCCACGCUGCCUUCCCUCACUCCCCGAUGCAUGUCCGUGCUCUGGCCUAUGUGGAAGAGAGGGUGGAAAAUGGACACAUCUAUGAGACGAUUGUGAGCGUGAAGGAGACCCGACUGACAAGCCUAGUGGCCAACUUCUUCGUUGGCCUCUCGUUCCUGCUCCUCCCUUUCCCUCUUCAGUGGAUCCCAAAGCCAGUCCUCUAUGGCCUCUUCUUAUACAUCGCACUGACUUCCAUAGACGGGAACCAGCUCUUUGAGAGGGUGGCUCUGCUGCUGAAAGAACAGACUGCUUAUCCUCCGACACAUUACAUCCGCAGAGUGCCCCAGAGGAAGAUCCACUAUUUCACAGGCUUGCAGGUCCUGCAGCUCCUCAUUCUCUGUGGGUUUGGCAUGUCACCAUUGCCCUACAUGAAGAUGAUCUUCCCACUCAUCAUGAUCGGAAUGAUCCCAAUCAGGUAUAACCUGCUCCCAAGGAUCAUUGAAGCCAAGUACUUAGAUGCUAUGGAUGCAGAGCACUAAAUAGGAUUUGAUGCACACAGAAGCAUGAAGAUGGCUCCUUUUGGAGUUGAAAGGACAGGGUGGCUUUGAGGCACAGAACAAUUGAUCUGCAGUUCUUUCUUUCACCACUUUCUGCUCUAAUAUGGCGUUGGCAAUGCACAAAUAUUAAAGACCAACUGAGCGUUGAAGUGUCAGACCAAAACAGUCUUGGACUUGGAGGCCGAUGCUCUUCAGAGCCUUGAGGCAAGCGAGCUUUACAGAAACAUUACUUUCUACAUCCCAAAACUGGAAACCCCAAAGAUCAGCACGUUCUAUGGUUGGAGCAUGCAUUCCUAGCGUUGUCACAUGUUCCCUUGUUUGGGGUGGGUGGGGACCCCUUUUCUAUGCACCACAUCCCUUUUUUUUCAAAAACACUAUUGAUGUAUAAGGACAGCAGCUUGACCCUUCUUUAAUGGAAUGACAAUACUGUUCUGGAAUUCUCAAUUGUUUCCCAUGUGUCCAGUAUUCCCAAAAUGGUAUUCCAGGGGGGAUGGCCUCAUGGUAAGCCACUGCUGUCAGGAGAGGUGUGGCCAUCUCUUCUGACCGAGUAGUGGAAGGGUUUGAAACAGUUUUAAAUUGGACAGAUAAAAUCCACA